AUGAUGAAAUUUGCCUGGGACGGAUACGUAAAGUAUGCAUGGGGCCAAAAUGAGCUAUCUCCUAACAGCUUGCGAGGUCAUUUUGCAAACAUCUUUGGAUCUUAUAAUACUGGCGCAACGAUUGUUGAUGCUUUAGAUACAUUGUAUAUAAUGGAUAUGAAAGAGGAAUUUAAGAUGGCUUCUGAUUGGGUUAAGAACAAACUAGACUUUAAUCAGGUAUUUGCGUCGGUUUUUGAGACAAAUAUUCGUUUUCUGGGAGGCUUACUGAGCGCCUAUGCUUUAACAAAUGAUGAGGUUUUCAAAACCAAAGCUAAGGAUUUAGGAGAUAGAUUAGCCAAGGCGUUUAACUCUAGGACUGGAAUUCCUUAUGGGCGAAUCAAUAUUGGAAGUGGGGCUGCAAGUUCAGGAUCAUCAGCAGUGUUAGCAGAAAUUGGAACUGUGCAUUUGGAAUUUGCUUAUCUUACCCGAAUAACAGGCGAUAAAUCAUAUUUAGAUAAGGUCCAAAAUUUGAGGAAGCAUUUAAAUAAAAUUACGAAGCCUAAUGGACUUUAUCCAAAUUAUAUAGAUAUUUCCAGUGGAAACUGGAUCUCUCAAUCAGUAUCAAUUGGCGCAAUGGGGGAUAGUUUUUAUGAAUAUCUGAUCAAGUCAUGGUAUUUAUCUGGCGGCAAAGACAAGCUUGCUCGCAGUAUGUUUGACGAAGCAAUGAAACAUAUUAUAGCAAAAUUGGUUAAAAAGUCGUGGUCUGGAUUAACUUUUGUUGCUCAGUCUAAUUAUGGCUCGAUAGAGAAUCGAAUGGAACACCUGGCAUGCUUCUCUGGGGGUAUGUUUGCGCUUGGUGCGAAGGGUGCUCCUAAGAAAAUGGCAGCGACAUAUUUGAAUCUUGGACGGGAAAUUGGAAAUACGUGCCACGAAUCAUAUAUCAGAACUGCAACCCAUAUCGGGCCUGAGGUAUUUCGCUUCGGGCUCGGAAAGGAUGCUCAGUCCUCCUACUCAGGUGAAAUGCAUUAUAUUUUACGACCUGAAGUUGUGGAAACUUAUUUUGUAUUAUGGAGAAUUACGCGUGAUAAAAAGUAUAGAGAUUGGGGAUGGGAUGCUGCACAGAGUAUCGAGAAGUAUUGCAAAUCUAAGGCUGGUUAUAGUGGAAUUUCAAAUGUAUACAGUAAUUCCCCAUCACAAGAUGAUGUACAGCAGAGUUUUUUUUUAGCAGAAACCUUGAAGUAUUUGUACUUAUUGUUUUCGGACAAUGACGUUCUUCCUCUUGAUAAAUGGGUUUUCAAUACGGAAGCUCAUCCAUUACCAGUAGAAAUUUAG